AUGUGCUUUCUGUCCACGAAACCACAGCCAAAGCUGCCCACUACGCAUGCAUCUCUACUCAGCAGUGUCGUCGACGCCUACACUAAUCUCACGAGGGAUCAGCUCGUCUUAUUUCUGUCGAUAAGGCACCUGCCUGUCGAUGGCUCCUCACUUGAUUUAGCUAAGAGGCUGGCUGAGCAUGAUCUAGAAAGCUACUCUACGUCUCCUGUUGUUCAGUCCUUCCCGGGCCCUCCAGAAGUUGCUCCAGAACACCCUCCGCCACCGCCCAUAGCCAAGCCAUCCAAGUUGCCUACGCUCCCUGCUGAACUCCUUGCGGACAUCAUGGACUGUAUGGGUGAUUGGGAACUAGCCAAAGCUGUGGGAACGGUCACAUCCCUCAAAGCACCAAAAGAAUGGGAUCGAGCUUCCUCUGCAGAUCUUUCGGCCCUAGUUGGGAGUACCAAAUUUGACUUCUCGGCCCUAACCGCGACGGGGGCCAACGCGAUCGUCAGACUUUGCUACACCCAUAUCCUCGAUCUUUUGAAGAGUCACGACCCCACCUCGUUCGAUCGGCUCUACGGCGGUAUUCACUCACGACUCAUCCCUUUCCGUGCUUCGUGCUCCGGUCGGACGGAAGUCCUCACAUGGUGGAAGGAGCAGCAUGAAAUACCUAAAGACUACGGAGACGAUUGUAUUGAUGAAGCCUGCCGCCAUGGGCAGAUCGAAGUUCUCGAGUGGUGGAAACGCCAUUCAAGUACACUUCCGCUGCAGUAUACUGAGGCGGCGCUGGAGAAUGCCAGCGCACGAGGCCACAUCCAUGUGCUGGAAUGGUGGAAGCAGUCAGGGUUGUCACUUAAAGUUGGUCGUGUCAUGGACUUAGCAAGCAAGGCUGGUCAGGUGGAGGUAUUGGAUUGGUGGCUCCAUUCAGGUAUCGAAGUCAAUUAUGAUAAUGGAACCCUCGAGCACGCCAGUCGGAACGGACGCCUUAAUGUUUUAACUUGGUGGCUGCAUUCUGGGUAUCAAAUGAUGUACAAUGAAGACGUGUUGAUCGGUGCGACACGCCACAAUCGGCCGGAGGUCCUCCAGUGGUGGUAUGAUAGCGGCCUUCCUAUUCAUUACCGCAUAUGUGAUAUCGAGGAGGCUGUCGAGGAUGCCAUCCGACAAGGCUCCGGGGCGAAGGAGUGGUGGAUGAAGCUAGGAGUGGAUUUCAAUGCGAAUAACAUUGAAUGGGUACAACUUAAGUUAUUGCGGUGA